AUGGCCGACCCUGGCCAGACCUACAACACAAGUGUCAUGCUGGAUCACCUCAUCUCCAGCCAGCCUCAGUUGGCAGUGCUGGCGGGAGACUUUGUGUAUGCAGACCAAUGGGCGUCGCAGGACCAACGGAUCACGAAGGCCUUGAGCGGCAAAUUCACAUACCAACCCAAGUGGGACAUGUUCGGCCGCCUGUUCGAGCCGCUGCUCUCUGUGGUGCCAUUGAUGCACACAAAUGGGAACCACGAAAUUGAGCAGCUGCCGGACGGCCGCCGCAACAACGCGUACAACCACCGCUACCCAGUGCCCACCAACAAGUAUGGGCCCCCCAACCCGACCAGCUUCCCGGCGGUUACAACGAGCGACCCCUACAACAACCUGUACUACUCCGUUGAGGUGCCGGGGGUUUUCAAGUACAUCUUCCUGACAAGCUACUCGCCAGGUCAGGUGUUUGACCAGUCAGACGAGCAGUACAAGUGGCUGGAGAAAGAGCUUCGGCUGGUGGACCGGACCAAGACACCAUGGCUGCUGGUCACCACUCACGCCCCUUGGUACAACACGUACAAGGGCCACUACAAGGAGAACGAGUGCAUGCGGCAGGUGUACGAGCCGCUGCUGGUCAAGUACAGCGUCGACAUCCUCGUGCUCGGCCACAUCCACAGCUACGAGAGGACCAAGCCUGUGGUGAAUUACGAGGUCAAUGAGGCAGGGCCGGUGCACAUCACCAUGGGCGACGGCGGCAACAUCGAGGGCCUCUACAAAGACUUCAUUGACGAGGUGCAAGCCUCGACCUUCUUCUGCGCCCACCCAGAGAACUACACCCAGUUCCCGAGCUACCAGCCUCAGGCCUGCCUCAGCUUCCAGCAGGGCCAGUACUGCCCGACGUCGCAGCCGGCGUGGAGCGCCUACAGGGAGCCAUCCUUUGGGCACGGGGUGAUUGACUUUGCAAAUGCUACCCACGCUUUCUGGACGUGGCACAAGAACCAGUGGCCGGAGUGGCAGUCCGGCGACCAGGUCACCAUCAUUCGCCGCUAG